AUAAUUUAUAUUCUUGCAUGAAUAUUUGGAACUUUUCGUUGAAAAUAAUAUCGUCUUAAUCUUGUGCGUAGACAGGACGUGAUACGUAUGUAGUUUUAUCAUUUUAUAAAUAUUCGUGACGACACAAAAAAUGGAAACAUCAUUACGUUCAUUACGUUUAAUUAACCGGCUUUUUCGUAAACCACUUGGAUUUCCAUUCUACAGACGUAUUUCCAACACAGCUGUGCAGGAGGAUGCUACCUCGGAACUACUAAACAAUUUUAACAGAGACAUUGAAGCAGGAGGUGUAGUACCAGUAUUCAGAAGGGCUUUACUAUUCCCAUCUCGAGUGGCACUACAGGAUGAAGUCGGAACUUACACAUAUGCAAAAUUGUAUCAAGCGGCUACUUCUCUUAGCAAGGAUAUUGCUGCUCAAUUAUUGGGUGAAACAGAGCGCACAAUCUGCUAUAUGUGUAGCAAUGAUGCCUCACAUGUCGUCGUACAAUGGGCAAUAUGGAUGACGGGCAAUAUAGCUGUCCCAUUGACACCAUUGCAUCCAGCAGAUAUGAUCAAAUACUUCAUAAUGGAUAGCGGUUCAAGCUUGAUCAUCUGUUCUGAACAGUUUGAGAAAGUUAUCCAACCAGUCGCUAAAGAAUUAUCUAAGCCGCUACUCAUCACGACACAGGCGAAGGACCAGGAGAAGGAUGUUCAAAAUAAGACUGAUUUGUUGAGUGAUGUCGGCCAUUCCAAUAAAUGGUAUGGUGGUACAGAAGCUAUGCUGAUUUAUACUAGUGGAACAACGAGCAAGCCGAAGGGCGUGGUGUGGACGCACAGCAUGCUGAGCGCGCAGAUCGCGGCGCUGCACGCGGCGUGGCGGUACUGCGCCGCCGACGUCGUGCUGCACACGUUGCCGCUGCACCACAUACACGGGCAGCUCAACUCGCUCAACGCCAGUCUGGCUGCCGGGGCCAGAAUCCGCAUGCUGCCGUCGUUCGUGUCGCACGCGGUGUGGUCGCGCCUGCUGGGCGCGGACAAGGAGGACCGGGUGUCCGUGUUCCACGGGGUGCCCGCCAUGUACGCGCGUCUGCUCGCCGACUACGACAAUAUGUUCCAGGACCCCAAGACGGCAGAAUACGUGCGCACAACGCUGUCCUCCCGGAUGAGGCUCAUGUGCGCCGGCUCCGCUCCCCUCCCCGAGACUUUGUUCAAGAAGUGGGAAGAAAUAUCGGGAAUAAGAUUGCUCGAACGCUACGGCAUGUCUGAAGUGGGAAUGGCGCUCAGCAACCCGUACCGGCCGGCAGAGGCGCGCACGGUGUCGUGUGUGGGGCUCCCGCUGCCGGCCGUCGCGGCGCGAGUGGCCGCCGUCGGCACCCUGCGGCCCCUGGUCUCUGUGGAGGCCGACGCUCCGGACAUGCAGAUUUCACUUGAAAAAUUGGGAUUGACGUCCACAAAGGAUCUAGAGGAAGAUGGUCAGCAAAACUCGAAAGUGACCGAACAUGAGCCGAGUGAUGACGGGUCGUACGAAGGGGAACUGUUGCUUAAAGGGCCCGCUGUAUUUACUCGAUACUGGAACCGAGCACCGAACCUAAACUCGCCUGACUUCACACCGGACGGCUGGUUCCGCACCGGCGACACGGCUUCCUUCAGCGACGGCAAGUUCAAAAUCCUCGGCCGGACCUCCGUCGACAUCAUCAAAUCUGGCGGCUACAAGGUCAGUGCUCUCCAAGUGGAGUCGGCUCUGCUGGAACAUCCCAGCAUACAAGAUGCUGCCGUGCUGGGCAUCGAGGACGAUAGCUAUGGGGAAAUCGUAGCGUCAGUCGUGGUUUUGAAGGAGAACACCAAGUUGACGCUCAGAGAGCUGAAUGACGAAGCCGGGAAGAAGUUGGCUCCGUAUCAGCUGCCGAAGACGAUGCUGGUCGUGGACGUCAUGCCGCGGAACGCGAUGGGGAAGCUGGAUAAGAAACUUAUUAAGAAACAAUUCGGUGAUAAAUUGGUUCUUAAGAAAGCUUAAUUCUCAAGGUUAACUUUUACCUACAAACUGACCCAAAGAUUUGUGACAAUAUUUUGUCGACAUUGCCAUUAUUUACGUUUAAGAUCGUGAGCACAACGCUUUGUUAAAAUUAAUCGAUGAUCAAGUGUACUAAUUGAUAAUAAGUACUUUUCAAGUUUUACGUCAAACCUUCAAAAUACAUUAAAGAUCUAAGCCAAUUAGAUUUACGUGCGAGCGAGAUAAGUACAAUAAAAAAAAGCCGUCUCAUUAUACUUUACCUUAACCUUAAUGCACUUAUAUUAUAUCACAUCAUAGGCUUUACAUACUUUUUUAUAUCAACCUAACGCUAAAAUCAUAUUUUUAGUGCGUUAUUUAUUAUGAUAUACGACCUAAU